AUGGGCUGCAUUGAUUUAAAAGAUCUAUCAGAAGGGAAAAUUGUAAAGAUCGGUACGAUAUCUUCUUUGGCAAUAAAAAUUAGAUAUUUUUAUGAUUAUUUUAAAAGUGAAAAAUUUAAGAUAACGGAAUCAAUAAAAGAUAACGGCAGUAAAGGUGUUUGGAUCGUUCACCACGAAAAAAGGAUUUUAAUAAAUUUCAUGCUAUAUCAAAAAUAUGAACCGGCUGAAUCUUCAGUGAACAAAGAUCAAAGUUUACAAGUCAUGCUACCUAACAAGGAAGUAGUUGUGGAUGCGGAUAAUAAAUUUAGACAAGGUCUCUCGUACGAAGAAACACCGUCAAUCCAAUCAACAAAGAUUGAUGAUUAUACGAUCCUGCCCAUAAAAAAUUUUCUGGAAAACUCCGAUUUUCUAGUUUUUAUUCCAAAAAAUUCUAAAGUUUUUUAUAAAUUGGAGGUGAUUAAUGAGUUGAGAGAAAGUAAAAGAGGAGGAAAUUGUUGA